AUGAGUCGGCCACACAUUCCCGCCACGGUGCAGGCGCCUUUUCCGCUGGUGAUCCGCAACACCAGUGUUGUUGCCGGCUUUGGCCGCGGCUCCGCCGAGAUGGGCAUCCCUACGGCCAACGUGCCCGUGGACGACGAGCCGGAGUUGCAGAAGCUGGACACAGGGGUGUACUUCGGGUUUGUGCGGCUGCUGAGGCCGGAACAGACGCCGGAGACGAAGGUGGUGCCGCGCUCGGACGGAAAGAGCGAGGUGGAGUUCACGUACGGCGCCAAUUUGGCAGACAGCGACUUCGAGGUGCAGCCAAUGGUGAUGUCGCUGGGCUGGAACCCGUUCUUCAAGAACAGCAAGAAGGCGUGCGAGCUGCACAUUCUGCACGAGUUCAGGUCGACCUUCUACGGGUGCCGGCUGAACUUCAACAUCCUUGGGUACGUGCGGCCCGAGCUGGACUACGUGUCGAUGGAGGCCCUGAUCAAGGACAUCCAGCUGGACAUCGAGACGGCGAGGAAGUAUCUGGCGAUGCCGGAGUACGCCAACGGCGACGGUCAGCAUCUUGCUGAACCAGAACGCGUUCAGAAUGUCCAGGACGAAAUUCGUCGAGAGAAUGAUGACGGCCGUCGACGGCACAAACCGCGGGUCGUGUCGCGCGGCGUACAGGUCCAGGGCCAGUCUGUAGAUCUGGUACCAGCCCCAGCAGAUUCGUGCGCCGAAAAAGGUCGAGAUCAGCAGCACGUUGUUGGCCAGCGCGAGCCACUCGGGCACGAGCUGGGGGAACUUGAGAGCGACCCAGCGCAGGUUCAGAAACGGCGUCGAAACUUCAAAGAGCAGGAAAAUCGGGCUGUAGUAGUGGAUCAUCUGGGUGCGGAUGCCAGACAGAAAGACGGUGCUGGCCAUGACGCCGUGGAUCAGAAAGCCCAGCCCAAAGUGCUGCAGAUGGCGCAGCGACAUCGCCGUGUCCCACACAAAAUAGCUCGCGGCCAGCGUGCUGUACAUUUCAGAGUACGGCGUGGUCGCAAAAACGCGGUCCUUGUUGAGGUAUUUGUUGUCGAAAAGCGGGAUCGCCAGCACCACGAUCAGCGUCGACUGGAUGAAGGACACGAUCCGCAUGCUGAGGUCGAGCCGGUCGACUUUUUUGGGGACCAGAGACCGCAUUCGGGGCAGCAGACAAAGCAGCCGGCACACCAGAUACAGGCCGUGGUAGAACAGCACACCGAACACCAGCACGUCCAGGACCUCCAGCAGCUUGCUGCCCGAGCGGUCUGGCACAAUGGAGUCCAGGAGCGGGACCCGGACGGCAAUCGGAACGCGGUACUCGCAAGAUGCCCUAAAAUUCGAAAUGAGAUCCAUGGAAAAGUACUUCCGUGCGCCAGAAGAGCCUUGGGUUAG